AUGAGCGGACCCCGCGACGGCGAAGCUAAACUACUAAGAGGCCGGCUGGCUGCCACGCCUCCCAGCUCCAGCUCAACCUCUGUUUCGAGUGCUGCAGCAGUUGAAGAUGAAAAUCAACCCAGGCGCCGAAGUAUAUCGGUAGAACUCCGGGAAACUACCCAGGCUGGCCAGUACAUCCUGACGGCAGAGGAUGCGGAGCUCCUGCAAGAAGUCUUACGGGAUAAUUUACUCUUGGAGCAAUCCGAAGCUUCUUCAAAGCGCACCUUUCUAUUUCGAGACCUCCAUUUCACUAGACAACGGAGUGCUUUUGAUCGCCAGAAUCCGUCCUUUUCCUCCUCACAGUUCCAUGGCUUCUUUACACUCUUCUGGCUUGGUGUGACUUUGAUGUUGGUCAAGGUUGCUGCCAAUAACUUCAGGACCUACGGAACUCCAUUUGGCACAACGGAGAUUAUCGACCUCAUGCUCAGCCGAGAUGUUCUGGUACUAGGGAUCACAGAUCUUGUCUUGUGUUGGUCAACCUUGUUCUGUCUUGUCCUUCAACGGUUGAUCUUUGAUGGAUACUUGCGUUGGAGCGGCCCGGGUUGGGUGAUCCAAAAUAUUUGGCAAACUACAUACCUCGCGGGGUUCAUUUGGUGGACCUACCAUCGAGACUGGCCAUGGACACACACCGUAUUUAUGGUCUUGCAUUGCUUGACAAUGUUGAUGAAGCAACAUAGCUACGCGUCUUACAACGGCUAUUUAUCUGAACUGUACAAAAAGCGGGAUUUACUCAAGGGCCGGCUAGAGCGACUAGAGAGACAUAGCAGCCAAGACUCCGUGUCCAGCAGCUACUCAUCCUCAACACCGAGUGUCCUAAACUCUGAAAUCACAAGUUUGAGAAAGCAGAACAAACGGCGCAGCUCGACAGAGUUCAAGAGUAUCCAUGCUACUCGCGAUACUGAUCACCUCUUAUCACUGUCCGAGACCAUCGAAAACGGCACAGCCCUAGAGCCGGCUCAACUGGUGUCACUCAAGGGUCUCCUAACGAAAGAAAUUGAACUUCUAUCCGAGGGUCUCCGAGGCCAGUUAUCCACGCAUAAUCAGUACCCGCGGAACUUGACUAUCAGCAACUUUUGUGAAUUCAUCACACUGCCUACCUUGGUUUAUGAACUCGAAUACCCACGCACCGAGCGAAUAGACUGGACAUAUGUCGCGGAGAAGGUUGUAGCCACUUUCGCCACAAUUUUUGUCAUGAUCGUGGUCUCUCAGUAUUGGAUCUAUCCCGUGGUCAUGAGAACGUUGGAGAUGAAGGAGCAGGGCUUGACAGUGCAGCAGCGGCUUCGGGAAUUUCCCUGGGUACUCAGCGAUCUGCUUUUCCCUUUCAUGAUGGAGUACCUGCUGGCAUUUUACGUGAUAUGGGAGUGUGUGCUCAAUGCUGUGGCCGAGAUCACCAGGUUCGCCGAUCGGGGAUUCUACGCUGACUGGUGGAACUCGGUCUCCUGGGACCAGUUUGCUCGCGAUUGGAAUCGACCUGUCCAUAACUUCCUGCUGCGGCACGUUUACCACAGCUCCAUCAGCUCGUUUCGCCUCUCCCACGUUUCGGCUAGCUUGAUGACCUUCCUGCUGUCGGCCUGUGUACACGAAUUGAUCAUGCUGUGCAUCUUUCGACGCCUGCGAGGAUAUCUGCUUUUCCUCCAGAUGACCCAGUUACCAUUGGUCUCGCUGAGUCGCACUCGGCUCUUGCGGGGGAGAAGACUAAUGGGGAAUAUCUUUUUUUGGCUGGGGAUCUUCACUGGGCCGAGUCUGCUCUGCACAUGCUGCACUGUCGGCGUCAAGCACGAAGGCGAGGCUAAGGGCCAAUUCCAGCAAGUCGGUGGAGUUGAUACUUAUGUCUCUUACCCGGCCGACCGCUCUACCAAGCGUGCUAUUCUGCUGCUGACUGAUGUAAUCGGUCAUCGGUUCAUCAAUGCCCAGUUGAUCGCUGAUCAAUUGGCUGCUAACGGGUACUUCGUGGUUAUGCCCGAUCUGUUCCAUGGCGACCCAGUGCCGCUGAAUCGCCCUGCGGGCUGGGACUUGAUGGCCUGGUUGAAUGGCCCACCUGGCCAUCUGCUGCCGCGUGUUGAGCCCGUCGUCAAGGCUGUGUUUGCUGAGAUGAAGUCCAGCCUUGGCUGUGAGAGAAUUGGUGCCAUUGGAUAUUGUUUCGGGGCUAAAUACGCUGUUCGUCUGCUUCAGGAGGAUGGUGUGGAUGCCGCCUAUCUGGCCCACCCUAGUUUCGUGGACGCUGAGGAGCUGGCAGCGAUUAAGGGCCCUCUGUCCAUUGCCGCGGCUGAGACUGACUCUAUCUUCCCGGCUGAAAAGCGUCACCAAUCCGAAGAGAUUCUGGCCAAGACGGGCCAGCCUUACCAGAUUAACCUGUUCAGCGGUGUCGAGCAUGGCUUCGCGGUUCGUGCCGAUAUCUCGAAGCCUGUGAUUCGAUUUGCAAAGGAGGCCGCAUUCACUCAGGCUGUGGCUUGGUUCAACCAGUACCUUUAA